AUUCGGUUGAUAGCCUUGAGAGGGUGGUCCCGGUUUUGAACUCGUCCCUCACUUUUAUGUCUACAGUUUCCUCGAUGGCGCGCAUCCAGCAGGACCAGGUGAAACAAUUCUCCAUGACUGAAGUGAGACCGGCGCGGUUCCGAAGCUCGUGCGCUCUGGUGGGCAGGCUGUUCACUACUAAUCAAGUGACUGUGACUGAGCUUAAGGAAGCACUAAACAUUCCAUGGCAGGGGAAAGGGAAGAUCAGGGUCAUGAUUGCAAAACAUGGACUUUUUGAGUUUGUUUUGCCUAGUGAAGGAUCGCGGAACUGGGUGCUGAAAAGAUUGCCAUGGGUAAUUGAGGACAAAAUUCUCCAUGUCUGCGCUUGGCUACCAAACAUUUCGAAGAAAAUCUUUGAUGAUCUUGCGAUCGUACCAUUUCGUGUUCAAUUAUGGGGCGUCCAAGAAGAGUGUUGUACUAAACAAUUCGGAAGAAAGAUGGCAAAUGAAGCCAUUGGUCAUGUCCUUGAAUCAGGUGUAUUUGCCUGUACGGAUACGGAUCAAUGGUUCGUCAAAGUUCGAGCUCUGAUUGAUUUUUCUCAACCGCUACGUUCGCAAAUCUGGGAGGCCAGUGAUGAAACGGGUGGCUUUUGGGUCAAUUUCAAAUACGAGCAUCUACCAUCAUUCUGCUUCCAAUGUGGUCGUGUUGGCCACAUGAUGAGCGAUUUCUCUUUUGAUCCCCCUACCCGCAAAGAAAGAUUCGGGCCUCACAUGUCCACCAAGAAAGCUGGAACUAGGAUUUAUGAUGAUGAUGAUGAUUUGCCCGUGUAUCAUGGCGGCUCCAAGUCAGUUUGGGUUAACAAGGAAAUCCGUGAGAAACGGGAAGGAGGUGAGGCUAGAACCCAACCCGGUGCUCAGCGAGAAGAAAGCAAAGGUGGAAAGCAGGUGGGUUUCUUAGAGGGGCGGCAGCCUCAAGUCUUGACGGCGACAGAGGUUGGGCAAGGUGUUGAGAUGACCAAGGCCAGGAGCCCUCGUGGCUUCACUGUGAAGAAGUCACCGCGGCUAAAUUUGCAUCGGAGCCGCGCUGGCCGUAAUUCUCCGCCGAGCCCGCUGGUGGAGGAACGGGCGACGGUCGGCAGAAAUCGUCCAGGCCGCCGUGUGGAGUUCACAGGUGGACGCGGGGAUGGAAGGAAGAUGGGCCAGACGCGUAGGGUUCAGGCCCAUGAGUCCAUUCGGCCGUGGCAUCAGAGUACUGGCCCGAUGGAGAAGUGCGGUUCUGAAGCCCAUGCUAUGCGGGGGCCGGCCCAGGAUCAUGGGGGUCACGUGUCGGUCCACUUGGAUGGAGUUGCUGAUCGGGCUGGGAGCUAUGAGCCCACUCAGCGGAUGACUAACCGCAGGAGGCUGCUGCUUCAGGAGGAGUCAGAGGAGGAUGCUCUUCUUCCCAAUCCUAUCAUGCAUGCCAUGCAUGUAGGUGACGAGGGAAAGGAGGGUGACGAGCCUAUGCUGAAGGGGAAGGGACGGGCUGUGUCCAAUCUCAAAAAGGCCGCAAUUGUGAUGCCCUCUCCUCAUGAUGGGUUACGGCGACUGCGUAACGCUAAGAAGCAGAGUGCGUUAAAUGCCCCAGCGGAUACCAGCCGCAAUGGUCGCAAACAGCAGCAAGGAGUGGCCCAUGCUCGACAAGGAAGGAAAUCAAUGCCGCUAGUUGAGGAGGAGCAAUUGAUUGACGUCCCGAUACGGGUUGUUGCCCUGCCUAGCCAUCAGCAGCCCUCCCCACCGCCGUCUGGAGGGGAUGAUGAGUUUGGUGAGGUGGACCCUUUUGCGGCAUCUUCGGAAGAGGAAGAGGAACAGUGCUUCGAAAUCAAAAGCCGGGCCAAAGGGAAAGCAGCUGCUGUGGUGUUGAUACACCGAUAAUUACACAUGUUUUCACCCCUAUUCUUGAUCCGUUUGAGAGGUUGACUCUCGUGUUUUAAGCCGAUUUCACGCUAGGUUGUGCAUUUAUGUCAUGUUUCAGGACCCGGCGUUGGAAUCGAGGCGAAGGAACGAGAUUCGGGUCGAAAGGAGCAAGUGAGACUUGAAGUGUGCUGGAGGAAGAAAAUACCCGACCAUGACCAAAAAUACCCGGCCGGGUAUUAUUCUGAGGAGACCGGGUAUUUGCUGUUUUGGGCGUCUGAGAAACAGAGAGGGUCCCGGGCUGGAGGCAGAAAUCCCCGACCGGGGAUUCUUGGGACAGACCGAGUAUUUUUCCCUUCCUCAAAACGUGUGUUUCAACAAUACCCGGUCGAGACCCAAAUACCCGACCGGGUAUUUCGACCGGGUAUCGCGACAGGCAGCAGUUUUAGGGGAAAAGAAGGCUGAAAAUCAAGGGAUUGGAGUUUU